AUGCUAAUCAGGUGACGUUGAUGACGUCAGAAAUAAGCGAUGAACACCUGUUUGUCUGUUCUUGUUAUCAUCAUUUAUUUUUCGUUCGCAUUAUUUCAAUAUCACAACACUCCGCUCCUCUGUAUAGCGCUACUAUGGCCCCUUGAUCCGUUCCAAAUCAGUUUGUCGCUUUGUUUUCGAGUGUCAAGUUAUACUGCACAGUUAGCACCUAACUGUUCCAACUGACACUGCAUGGCGCAGCGAACAAAUUGAUGCUCACUGAAAAUUGACAACAAAUCCGAUACCUGAGCCGAAGAAGCACUUCACUUCAUGAAUCCGGAGUUUACCGAAGACUGAGUAUCCAUAAGGAGAUAAUUUUUUAUCUUUUUUCUGAUGACUUAUACCGUGUAACUUUUUUAUUCGUACGAGAAAAUAAGAAAUUUAUGGCGGCUACAGCAAGACGAAUCGGACUAUCGACCCGCUUCGGAAGAAAAUCAUCGAGAGAAGAUGACAGUAGCAAUUGUAAGUCAAGAAAAAUCAGCUCUGGGAGGCAAAUAUCACGGGAAGAAAAUAUUAAUACUUUCUCUGUCAGAAAAUCAUCUCGAGGACUUCAAGAAGGUGAAAUUCACUACCAAGCGGCUUUGGAGGCAGCGUAUUCUAUUUCACGACCAGAGGCACAUAGUUCAUUUGAUACAAAAGGAACAAGAAUCAGACGGAAGAUAUCAGUGUAUGCGCGUCCAGAGUCACUCGAAAGAGAAGUUAACCCGAAAGGGACAAGAUGGCAAGAAUUUUUGAUGAGAUAUGAACCGAUAAUAUUAUCCUCUUUGGUUUUAUUGAUUGUGUCUGUUUCUAUAUAUAUCGUGUUCGUUGAAAGACAAAGUUUGUUUUCAAAAUAAGAGACUUACUCGGUGAUUAAAACCCCUGAGUUGCAAUAAUUUUAAUUACACGUUCUUCCAAAGAAGACUUCAAAUGUUUAUUGCCGGAUUACAAAUCAUGUGAUCUGUUCUACCGAACAAAUUACUCAAAAUAAAAAUUUUUAGAAGGA